AUGCUGAGCAUGGAGAUGUACCCCAGUUUGACUCUGGGACCUCAGAGGAUCGGAGACUGCUUUUACAGAGAUCUGCCGGCUCCAGCUCACAUGCCGAUGUUUCCUCCCGCCGCCUGUGACAUGGCGGCAAAAGCCCUGCCCCAAAGGAUGCUGCCCCCUCCCCCGAAUGACCCUACCACCAAAACCCCAAAAGAUCAGGUGAAGAUGGAGCUGGAGAACGCCUCUCUAUGGAAACAGUUCACCACAGUUGGCACAGAGAUGAUCAUCACCAAGAAGGGCAGACGGAUGUUCCCCGGGCUGAGGUUAAAGCUCUCUGGCCUGAACCCAUCUCUCCGCUACCUCGUCCUCCUGGACAUCGUCCCAUUGGACAACUCCCGCUAUCGCUUCCAGGGUGGAGCCUGGCAGGCUGUUGGCGGGGCCGAGGCCAGGCUGCCGGACCGGGUCUUCAUCCACCCGGACUCACCUGCCACAGGCGCUCACUGGCAGAGCCGCACCAUCUCCUUUCACCACGCCAAGCUCACCAACAACACACUGGACUCCCAGGGACACAUUAUCCUGCACUCGCUGCAUCGCUACCAACCCAGGAUUCAUGUGAUUGAAGCCAGAGACGUGCUGAGGUGGGGCGGAGGGCAGCACUCCUUCAUUUUCCCUGAGACCCAGUUUCUCACAGUCACCGCCUACCAGAACAACAAGAUCACAGAGCUGAAGAUCAACUCCAACCCCUUCGCUAAAGGCUUCCGAGAGGAUGGCAUGAACAGCAAAAAACAAAGAGACGCAAGACAGAAGCGCAAAAUAUGUGACGGGACAGAAACCUUGGAUAUUGUGAACUGUGAUCCAUGCGACUCUACUGACCUUCAGCCACAGCAAAUGACCUCGGCCACAGACCUGCAGGCCCUCGCUCUGGCCUCUCUGCCCCCCAUGCCCAACCCCUCCUGUGGGUUCAGACCAGAGGAAGCCCCCUAUCAAGCCUCACUGAUCCAGGAGCAGCCGCUAGAUCUCGACCAGGCAUUUAUUGCCUCGCACAUGUCCGAUAUCGGCAUCUCCAUGGCCAACGGGAUGCAGGACAUGCCGGGGAGUGAGGUGGCGAAUUUGAUUGAAGGAUCAGACACACAGGCUUACACCUCCAACUUCCCUGCUGUUCAGGCCAACUCCUCUUUCCCUUUAGCACCUCUUCCUCAGUCCUCCUUCCUCCCUGUUCCUGACUCAUCAGAUACAUCCAAUCCUCAGACUAUCGACUACACCCCCAUCCUCUCCUCAUCCCCUACACUCUCCUCCUCCUCCAACACUCCCUUGCUGCAGCAGACCACCUUCACCUUCCCCACGCCGCCUCCUUCUAACUCCUCCUCACCGCAGCCACUCCUUUCCUCCUCUCCCUCCUAUCACACCAUGCCUGAGACAAUCAGCCCACACACACCUGCAGACGCCUCCUUUCAUGCGCCCCCUUGUCAGUCAGGUCUGCAGGAUCAAAUAUCAGCUCAUUCUCUGCUCAAUGACCAGCCUCUGCAGGGAGAUUCAAUCUCCAGUGCAAGUAAUUCUCCCAUUGAUCAAACGUCAGCGGUGUUUAUCUAUCCAAAUAACCUUCCUGUAAAUCCUGCUCCAGUUACCGCUCUCUCCAACUACAACCUCCCAUUAGCCCCCAGUCUCCCAUGCUCCCUUCCCACUCAUGGUACAUCUUUCCCCUUCCCCUCUGUCUCGCCACACAUGCAAUCAUUUCCAAACAUGUCUUCCAACCCUUCCCAUCAUGCCUUUAACUUCCAAAAUCUUAGCCACCAAACCCAAGCCUUCCCUCCCUCAUCCUUCCCUCAUCCGUCAUCCCUCCCUCACCCUCACCCCUACCCUUCCUUCCAGCCUUCCUCAUGCUUGGCUGUGCCCUCUUCUUUCCAGCAGUCUGUCUCUUCAGCUCCUUCAAUGCCACCAACAGCCUAUCCUCAAAACCUGGCCAAUCCCUCCAACUCCUCGUACCCUCAAGUUGAUAUUAGUGGUAUCCCACAAUUCAAUCCUGCCGCCCACUAUCGCCCGGAGAUGGUACGGCACCACCCAUCUCUCCUGCCUCAGCUGGAUCCAUCACUUCCCUCCAAUCUCCCCUCCUCCAAUCCUCCCCAGUCGCUCUAUUCUGCCUUCCCGUCAUACCCUCUUCGGCUCUGUCAGGACCCCCACCCAUCCCUUUCACUCCCGUUCAGGCAUCUGUACGACAACACCAGCAUGUCCACGCCCACCCCCAGGGGUCUUACCUGGAUAUGAGCACAAGAGCUGUGUAUUAGUAUAUAGUAGAAGAUUAACGGCUUGAUAAUGGCGCUUUUAGGGGGUUUAGCAAUGUGUAGCAUUAGUUUAAGUAGUCUAAUGUACUGUUUGUGUGUGUGUGUUCACAAUAAUUCAGCAGAGGAAUGAAAUUUAAGUUUGUAUAUAUAGCUGUUGAAUUUUUUUUAAUGAAAUAUCCAUUCCAGUGUGAAUAAUAAAAAAAAUGUCCACGA